GAAGGACGUUUCGAGCAAUGGCUCUUUAUCGAUAGCAUAGAAGCUAUUUUUAAUAGUUAUUUAGGACUACGAUUACCAAAUAUUAUCUUCAAUAUAUCAUGCGCCCAUGUUAGAUUGUUACGACUGCAAAUCGUUCAGCAAUAACUAGGUAGUUGGUUGUGUAAUUAGACAUUCUUGAAUUUAAAUAGGAAUGGCAUCUAUACGAACUGCACACAACAUAAGCCAGCGACAAAGAACGAGUGAUGUUCUGCUCAGUGAAAAUAUUGACUUUGCUGGUUUAUUAUUAUCAGACGCAGUGCAACAAGGUUUAUCGAAUGCUGGUUUUGAAAAACCUUCUCCAAUACAGCUAAAGGCAAUCCCGCUUGGCAGAUGUGGUUUAGAUUUAAUUGUGCAAGCUAAGUCUGGUACUGGCAAGACAUGUGUAUUUAGUGUUAUAUCCUUGGAGUCUCUACAUCUGGAUUCCAGUAGCACUCAAGUUCUUGUGUUGGCACCAACUAGAGAGAUUGCUGUGCAAAUCCAAGAUGUCAUCCUGUCUAUUGGUAGUGCCAUAUCACAGCUCAGAUGUCAUGUCUUUAUAGGAGGUCUCCCACUAGCUCAGGAUAAGAUUAAAUUACAUAAAUGUCACAUUGCUGUAGGAACACCAGGUCGUAUCAAGCAAUUGAUAGAGGAAGAUUUGUUACAUGCAAAUACCAUCAGACUUUUUAUUUUAGAUGAAGCAGAUAAAUUGCUGGAGGAGAACUUCCAAGAACAGAUAAAUUGGAUUUAUUCAUCGCUACCUGAAAACAAGCAGAUGCUAGCCUUGUCAGCCACAUAUCCUGAGUACUUGGCUCAACAGCUUACUUCCUAUAUGAGAGAUCCUGUCUUUGUGAGACUCAACCCAAAGGAUCUUGCCUUGCAAGGUCUUGUACAAUAUUAUGAGCUGGUACCACACCAUGCUCUUCCUCAUAAACAGUUUGAGGUCAAAGUUCAGCAUUUAUUAAAACUCUUUAGUCAAGUAUCAUUCAAUCAAUGUCUAGUAUUUUCCAACUAUCAGACUAGAGCUCAGAAUCUUUCUGAUCAGCUAUGCCAUAAAGGAUGGCCAAGUACUUACAUUUCUGGUAGCCAGGAUCAAACUCAAAGACUCCAAGCUAUGUCUAUGCUCAAAAACUUUAAGUGUAGAGUUCUUAUCUCCACAGAUCUGACUGCUAGAGGCAUUGAUGCGGAAAAGGUUAAUCUUGUCAUCAACCUGGAUGUACCAUUUGAUUCUAAGACAUACUUACACCGUAUUGGUAGAGCUGGUAGAUUUGGAACUCAAGGUAUAGCAGUCACUUAUGCAGCACAUGGCACAGAAGAACAACAUUUAAGGGCGAUUGAGAAAGAAUGUUUCAUAUCCAUGAAACCAUUGCCAGACAUUAUCAGCAGUAAUUUGAUUCAACAGGAGCAUGGUAAUUUCACACAGUCUCAAUCAGUGCCUCAAUCUACACCACAGAUCAAUGGCAAUUUACAAGAAUUUACUCUGAGUGGGCAGACAUCGAGUAAAACUGAUGCUAACAAUGCUUCUGUUAUAACAAAGAGUUUAGAUGUCAAAGAAAACAUGAUGAACAAAAAGGAACACUGUAACUCGAUCAGAAAGGCCACAUCAGUUGCAAAAAAAGAUGAUGAUAAUAAGUCUGUAUGUGGUUCUAAAUCUCAUAAAUGCUGCUGGAUUGGCCAAAGAAAUGUAUCUGAUAACUUAGUUACAACAGCUGAAUUUAGUUGUCAGACAGAGCGUAUCAGAGAUUAUGACUACUUAGGUAUCGGCAAAAUACAACCAGUGUCCAUGUGCAGAGUAAAUAAAGUUCCAAAAAUGAAGAUCACUUAUGAAAAUGCACUAAAGGACUUUGAGGAUUUCUUAGUGACUGAUGACACAAAUGUAGAAAGUUGGAUGAGAUUUUAUGUAGAUGAUGAUUGUAAAGACCAAUUUGAAGCAUUGCCGUUGGAAAAAAAGGAUCCCAAGUGUAGUACUGAUAUAAAUGCUGAUAUACAGGAUGCUGCCAUCAUAGAACAAGGUGUGGACAUUGCCUUAGACUCUUUUGAUGGGCAUACAAAUGUAGCUGAUACUGUGAUUGUAAAACCAAUAUGUGAUUCUAACAAUGCUUUGUUAGAUGAGGAAAUAAUUUUCAAACAGACUAACAAUGAAACAUUACAGUAUUAUCUCGAAGAUCCUGCACAACAUGGAAGUGUUCAAUCAAAGGAUGUGGUGAGUGAGGAAUCACUUCAUCGAGAUGAUGAGAUGCAUGUUGAACUGUCAUUUAGGGACUUGAAAAUAAGUGAAGAAUGCUCAACACUCAAUUCUGAAAGUUUAAAAGCAGAGGAUGAGGAAGAUGAAACCUCAGUUGUAAGUGAAGUUAGUGAAAGUGAUGAGACACAGACAGAGACGGAAGAUGAGGAUGAUAUUGAAGAGGAAGACACUAGUGAUGAUGAUGAUGAAGAAGAAUAUGAUGAUGAGGAAGAGGAGGAGGAGGAAGAAGAAGAAGAAUCCUAUAAACUAAACUCCCAUCCACAUGCCUCACCUCAAGUGUGGGAAGAUGCUAACUAUAGGGGGUAUAACAAUCAUACUAAGUGUGCAAGUCACGAAAUGUAUCCAUACUAUGCAAAUUAUCCUGCCAAUGAUUAUCACCCAAGCUCACAAAACGCGGGACUGUAUUCAAAUGAUAGAGCACAACAUUUGUAUAACCAAGCUUCUUACAUGCAUCAUUAUGGUACCCCACCGCCUCUGCCGCCGCCGCCACCACCUCCUCCACAGUGGAAUCAUGUUAUAAAUUCAGCUGACUGGUACAAUGAGUAUUGGUAUCAGACAUGGCUGUAUUGGUACAACUAUCCAAGGCAAUAA